UUGAAUACGACAUGGGAGAGAUGCCGAACUUUGACCAAGAUAUUUAUUUAUUUACACCUUAAAACAAAUAGCUAAACGGAAAACUGCAGACAUUACUAGUGCCUACCCUGCGAUCAAACCGCCAUGAAAAAUAAAAUGAAACGAAGCCGAAGGUGUUCCUUGACAGCUGCCUUGAAGGAACACAGAGCAGAAAUCUUUAACUAGCAAGCAAGUUGCAGCAAUGAAGAAUUGAGUGUGUGUGAAGGGGGAGGGAGAUUUUCUAUCGGCUCGGGCGCAAAGUAGGCUAAUGACGAAAUAACAAGAUGUCAACGAAUCUGCCAAAGGGAUAUUCAAUGUCUGCUUUAAAAAAAAAUCCAUCUAAGAAUAAGUGCCCUUCUUUGCGAGGCAUUGUGAUCAUUGACAGCUGCCUUAAAGGAACACAGAGCAGAAAUCGUUGUUGCAGCAAUGAAGACUUGAGUGUGUGCGCGUUCACGCGAAGGAGGAGGGAGAUUUUCUGUCGGCUCGGGCGCAAAGUAGACUAAUGACGAAAUAACAAGAUGUCAGCUUCAACGAAUCUGCAUAUGCGACCUUCUAUUAUGUUGAAAACAACGGCUGGCCAUAUUGGAGGUUGUGUCUAGGUCAUAUUAUAGCUCAAAGUAAGAGUCACGUAACGGAAAAAAUACCUUACUAAAGUGCAGCGGCAGUAGUAGUUGCUGUCAUUCUUUUGGAAAUAAGAUUAAAAGAGUUGGAGUCAUGUUGGCCCAAUUGGUGUACCAGGAAUUUCUCUCAAAAACAAAACCAUGGUUUCUAUGGUUAUACACAUCAAUGCGAUCGAAUUCGCAACAGGUUCGCGUCCGUCUUCUCCCCAAUCCUCGCUGUUUCUUCGACGAACCGGUGCACGUGAAGGUAGAUGGACUUUCUCCGCACCAGAAAGUGGAAUUGAGGUCCAAACUCAGGGACGAUAAAGGGAUCAUCUUCAAAGCUUCCGCUCUGUACUCCGCAGAUUCUACAGGACAGGUAGACCUGUGCCUCUCUCCCUCUCUGGGUGGAAGUUAUACAGGAGUUGAACCAAUGGGCUUGUUUUGGGCAAUGACGCCCGAGACUCCACACCGCAAACUAUUGAAAAAUAAUGUGUUGAGUUCAAUGAUGGUUGAUAUAGACGCGCUGCAUGAGGACACAGGUGAGAUCUUGGCAACAGAGACUAUCGAGAGGCAGUUCAUGACGGAAGGGCUGAGGAGGAUACCGUUGGACAUGAAAAAUGGGAGAAUUCGGGGGACCCUCUUUCUACCACCAGGGCCGGGUCCGUUUCCUGGUGUCCUGGAUGUGUAUAUUCUGGGUGGAGGUAUAUCUGAGGUCCGGGCCAGUCUGCUGGCUAACAAAGGCUUUGUGGUUCUGGCGCUGGCCUACUCUGGCUUCCAGGAUCUGCCCAAAACCAUGCCCAAAUACUUUGACCUGGAGUACUUUGAAGAGGCCAUCACAUUCCUGAGGAGACAGCCACAGGUCCAGGGUCCAGGAAUAGGAAUCCUGUCCAUCUCUAAGAGUGGCGAACUGGCUCUGUCCAUGGCCUCUUUUCUCUCUGGCAUCUCAGCCACAGUCUGGAUCAACGGCUGCAACGCUAAUGUCAUGACGCCACUGCACUACAAAGACCUCAUCAUCCCUCCCCUCAUGCCUAACCUAGAGAACAUCACCCUCACACCGGCCGGCCUUCUCGACGUCCGAGAUGCCUUACCGGAUCAGAUAACAGAUAGGAACCGCGGUUCCGUGAUCCCGAUAGAACGAGCCGGUUCUAGGUUCCUUUUUGUUGUCUCUGAGGACGACAGGAACUGGAACAGCUGUCUCUUUGGCCAGCAGGCCGCCGCCCAGCUGAGGCAUCAUGGGAAAGAUAACUUUGAGGUGGUGACGUACCCCAGGGCGGGUCAUUUCCUGGAGGUGCCCUACAUGCCUCACUGCCCGUCUGGCUUCCACUCUUCGGUGGGUAAAGUGGUGGUGUUUGGGGGGGAAGCUAAAGCCCACCACGAGGCUCAGCUGGACCUGUGGAGGAGGGUCCAGGAGUUCUUCAGGACACACCUGAAGGACAACAGCAACACUGUCCAGAAAGCCAGGCUGUAACACUAAGAGAAUGGCUGGUUGACUACUUUGCAGACUCCUGCCAGAUCUCAAUGUUUGGAUAGGUGUUUAACAUAUCAGCUUACCACAUCAUAUGAUAUAGUAAUCUGAUGUCUUACAGUGCAGUCAAUGACGUGGCACAUAACCAUUGCUUAAUGCAAUGAAAUAACACAUAUGGAAUCAUGUACUAACCAAAUCAAAAUAUAUUUGAGAUUCUUCAAAGUAGCCUUGAUGA